UCCUCUUUCCUCUAGGGCACGGGAGUCCUCUCAUCUCCGCCUCCGCCCGCCGCGCCCGUCCGCCUCCGCCGCCUGCCGCCCCCGUCCGCCUCCGCCGCCCGCCGGCCACAGGACGGCCUCCGAUUCUCUUCAAGGCCGCCAGCCUAAUGGAUCAAUUUCUUGCUGCUGUGAGGGAAGUGAUGUCUUCUGCUAAGACCAGACUUUGCCAGAAUUAUGUUAUACAGUUUUGGUUUCGUUAAGUUCAAAAAUAUUGUUAUUGAUCUCCAGAUUCAUGGAGAAUGCUCGGACAGAAGGCGAUGAUUUGAUGGAAGACUAUGUGGAGUGCCUUAUGUCAUUGGAUACCAAUGCUCGCCCUGGUGAGAGUGAUAACCCAAUACUUCCAGCCCCUGCUGAAGAACCCACAAGCAUUCCUGUUAGAACAACAGAGCAGUCUCCAACAAAAGAGUCUGCUCCAGUUGGCACAGAGGAGCCUAAUGAACCAAACUUGGGUAUGGAGUUUGAAUCUGAUGAAGCUGCAAAGACUUUCUACAAUGAUUAUGCCAGGCGUUUGGGCUUCCCUUUCCGAGUUGGCAGGUCACGGCGUUCUAAAGGUGUGGAGGAGGUGCUGAUUAUGAAGAGAUUCGUGUGCUCGAAAGAGGGAAUAUAUCGGAAGAAGCCUUCCAGUGAGGGCAUAAGGAAACGUGAGCGGAUAUCGAUGAGAGAAGGUUGCAAGGCAAUGAUGGAGGUCAUUAGGGAUUCCGACAGAUGGGUGGUUUCUAAACUUGAGAAGGCUCACAAUCAUCACCUUGGGACUUGUAGUAGAGUGGGCUAUCUUCGAGCAAGAGGCUUUAUCGAGACAUCCGAGAAGGCAAGCAUAGUGGCAUCAGAUGCAAUGACACUUCUACGGCAGAAUGCCUUUGGGGAAGGAGGAGAUGCUCAAGGUCUCCUAGAUUAUUUUAAGAGGAUGCAGGCUGAGAACCCAGCAUUCUUUUAUGCCAUACAAGUUGACAACAAUAGCUGUGUGACCAAUGCUUUCUGGGCAGAUGCUAAGGCUAGAAGUGCAUACAGUUAUUUUGGUGAUGCUGUUACAUUUGACACAACAUAUAAGAAGAAUAAGUACAUGAUGCCCUUUGUAACUUUCUUGGGAGUCAACCAUCACCUGCAGCCUGUUAUCUUUGGGUGUGCAUUGCUCAUUGAUGAGACUGAAUUCUCAUUUAUUUGGUUGUUUGAGACAUGGCUUGCGGCUAUGGGUGGGCGCCCUCCAGUUUCUUUAGUUACUGAUCAAAAUAGGGCUAUGACAGCGGCAAUUGCAAAGGUGUUUCCAAACACCUGCCAUCGAUUUUGCAAGUGGCUCAUCUUGAGUAGAAGCAAACAGAAGUUAGCUCAUGUAUAUUCAGCACAUCCGUUGUUGAGAGGGGAGCUGGAAAAAUGUGUCAUUGAAUCUGAAACUGUUCGAGCUUUUGAAACAACUUGGGUGUCGAUCAUUGAUAAAUAUGAUCUGAGGAAGAAUACAUGGCUUCAAGCAUUAUUUAACAUCCGCGAAAGAUGGAUUCCUUUGUAUCUAAAGGGCACAUUCUUUGCAGAACUUUCUCCAACACAGAAGUUAGAGACUAUGAAUGAUUUUUAUAAGAAGUACUUUAAUACCAAGACCUCAUUAAAAGUUUUUCUCGCACAAUUUGAAUUAGCCAUGGCAAGUCGGUAUGAGGAUGAAGCCCAAGAAGACUCUGAUACACUGUGUACCAAACCUGUUUUGAAGACCGCAUCACCGAUUGAAAAACAAGCAGCAGCUAUUUACACGAGAGCAGUGUUUAAUAAAUUCCAGGAGGAAUUUGUUGAGUCUUUAGGUUAUAAUGUUUACAGAAUAAAGGAUGGUACAGUUAGCAAAUUUAGUGUGGCUAGAGAUGAGGAUUCUCUUGAGACAUUUGUUGUCACAUACAAUUCUGCGAAAAAUACGGCAACUUGUACUUGCAAAAACUUUGAGUUUUCAGGCAUUUUAUGUCGACACAUUUUGGGAGUCUUCCUAAUGGUCGAUUUACGUAUGCUUCCGGAAGAGUACUUUUUGAAACGAUGGACAAGACAUGCCAAAAGUUCUCCUAUAUUGGAUGAAUGCAGUGUUGAGCUUCAGAACAGUAGUCAUGAAUCCAUUACAUCACGAUAUAAUGAUCUUUGUCGUGAUGCCAUAAAAUGCGCAGAGAAAGGAGCAACAUCUAUUGAGAUAUACAAAUCAGCAAAGAAUGUGUUACAGAAGGCUUUUGCUGAGAUUGUUGCUUUCGAAAAAAAUACUGGUAGAGGUGCACAGCGAGAUGCAAUCAAUAUUAAUGAAGAAAUUACAAUAGAUGAUGCAAUGAAUGAUCAAGCCCUACAAGAUUCUGAAAGAAAGGUGACUAAUUUACUUGGCCAGUUACUUGGCUCCUCUUGGUCGCCAGUCUGAAAUAUUUUGCAGUUCCCUCAUCCUCCGGUUGGUAAAUUAUUUGGAUCACUUCAGCAUUUGUUUAGUGUAUCUAAUGACCUGUCCAUUCCUGUCUCAGCAGAGGAAGCAGCACAUGAAGCUGCUAAAUGGAAUAUCUGGUUCUGUUGGCAAGCCAAAGCCGAGUAUUCUGGUGACACUAGAUAAUUUCCAAGGAUUUGAGCAACUUGGUUCGCAAAACACGAGAUGUUGUCGAAAUUGUGAUGAUGGUGUUGUUAAAUGCAGGUCCAUAUAACUUAGAGAAUUUAUAUAAACACAAGUUCAUUAUGUUUUUGCCUCAUUGAAUGUUACCAAUAUAAGAAAGCCUUUCACUAUUUGAAAAAAAAAAUUCUUAAAAAUCUUUGGCCUCCUGAUCUAAAUGCAGUGGAUGCAGGCUGUGCCAAAGGAUUGAUUCCAUAUUAAUGAUGAUGUUUUUGCAGUCGCACAGCCUAGGUUUUUGGGUUUUUGAGAUGGAUAUAAUAUGCGGGAGUUUCUGUAAAUGAGGUAUGCUGGUGGACCCUUUUUUUGCUCCAUACUGUAGUCAUGAAGAAGAAGGUCAAGCAGACAUGAUUUAGAUCGCCUAAUUGAUACCUACCAAAACAUGUACUCUGUUCUUAAGUGUUGGUUAAAUUAGUAGUCUCUAACAUAGCCUACAUCUUGUUUAGAGGCAAAUUCUUUAGGAAUUGUAACUUUGUCCUUGGUAAAGAAGAUGAGGAGAGCAUUUGGCGAGAGGCAGAGGAGAAUGAAGUAUUGGUUCAGAGAAAUGAAAAUGAACCGUCUUCAGAGGUAUCAAUUUUAUUACAAGCUCUUAUUCAGCCAAUCACCUUAAUAACAUAUUUUAUUACAAGCUCAUAUACAUGAAUGUUUCAAGUGAACAGAUUCAUGCUUUAGGAGACUAGAUUACAUAUGAUCUCUUGUUUGUCUUUACAAUAACAAGAACCAAACUCUGUUUAGAGGUAAAAACAAAAUUUUUCAGUUCGGCAUCAUAAUAAUGGCAGCUGCUUUGAGGAACCCAGAUGGGUGUAUGUAUAUAUAUAUGUAUAUGAUAUAAACACACUGUAUAACAUGUGCAAGCUCCAGAGCCCUCCCUCCAACCUUCAUCCGAUCAUUGCCAUUCUUUGCGGCAGGUAGAACCCAGCCAUAGCGCAAAGUCAUCCAGAAUCAUGCAGGCUGUGUUUACAAAUUGCAAGCAUCCGCCAUGAGUUCAGCAUUUGAAAAUAACAGAGCUCAUCUACAUGCAACUAUCCUUCUUCCUAGACGUUAAGAAGAUCAGGAACGGAAGUCAGAUACAACACCAGAAUACUUGAGCUGCUUCAAUGAAACAAAAUGCAGGAGAGGGGCCAAGACAGCUUCCUGAAUGCCAAAGUGGAUGCCACCGUCUGAUGAGGACUUAAUUGGAUUCAAUGGGCACAUCAGAUUUGUUGCAUGCAGCGUACGGAGCAACUUCUUAAGUCAAUGAUGCGGGUUCUGUGUUGAAGAAAACACCAAAAUAGGAAUUCCUUAGGUUGCCACUGCAGACCGGGAUAUCGAACACAUCCUUGUGGAAUAAUGCUGACCAUAUAUGACCACCGGAAAAGGUAGUGGAAAAUUACAUUGGUCUUGUUGUAGAGUUUUUUUUCUUGUUUUAGUGGCUAUAUUUUGCGGUUCAUUCAUUAAAACAGGUACUAUUUUUUUUUCUUUUUUUUUCUCUACCUUUUGUUUCAAUAAGAAGGUAUUUCGCAGUUCAUUCA